UAAUCAUUAUCUGUGCAUGUUUGUCAAACAUUUAUGUCAAAGUGUCAAAACUGGUGGUUUCUAGCAUUAUUGUAUCUUGUUUGUACCAGACGUGUUGUGUGCCGGCAUGGCCGCCGAUGUGGCGGAGGAGUUUAAUCUCCCGUACUAUGUUUUCUACACGUCCGGCGCGGCGGCGCUCGGGCUUCAGCUCCACCUUUUGAGCCUCGCGGAGGAGAAUGGCGGAGAGGCGACAGGGCCCGGCGGCUGCGGCGUGGAUUCCGAUUAUCUGAAUGUCCCCACUUAUGUCCGGCCGUUUCCGGCGAAGCUACUGCCGUCGAUCAUGCUGGACAGAAAUGGCGGCUGUGAUUUGAUUCUUGAUCUCUUCAGGAAAAUAAAGAACAAGGCGAAGGGUAUUAUUGUCAACACGUUUCUUGAGCUCGAACCUCACGCCGUUAAAUCCCUGUGUGGGGACCACUACUCAAACUCUCCGCCGCCGGUUUACUCCGUCGGACCGGUUCUAAACCUCCGGGAUCUUUCCACGGAAGAGGUCAAUUCUCGAAAUCCAGGAGAAGAAGAGGAUUAUAUAUUCCCUCCAUCCCGAAAUAAGGAAUUUUAUUUUGAGAAAAAGGGAGUAUAUGAGUGGUUGGAUGGUCAGUCUGAAUCUUCUGUGGUCUUUCUUUGCUUCGGAAGUGCGGGUUUCUUCCCAGAGGAACAACUGAAUGAGAUCGCUCAUGCUCUCGAGGUUAGCAAGCAGAGGUUCGUGUGGGCCAUACGGCCACCGCUUGAAGUCUCGUGGUUAGAAUUGUUCUUGAGAAGGACAGAAGGGCAGGGGAAGGUGGUGCUGAGUUGGGCCCCACAAGCGGCCAUACUGGGACACUCAGCCGUAGGAGGCUUCGUCUCCCACUGCGGAUGGAACUCGAUACUCGAAAGCAUUUGGUUCGGAAAACCGAUAGCGGCGUGGCCGAUCUACGGCGAGCAACAGGCAAACGCGUUCCAACUGAUUGAAGAGAUAGGUGUGGGUGUGGAUAUCAAAAUGGACUACAAAAUGGAGUAUCCAAACAAGGUUUCAAAUACACUUGUGAGGGCAAAAGAGAUAGAGAGGGGAAUCAAAAGUCUAAUGGAUCCUACAAAUCCCAUUAGGUUAAAGGCGGGAGAAAUGAAGGAAAGAAGCCGUUUGACACUCAUGAAAGGUGGAUCUUCCCAUACUUCUCUUGAACGCUUCAUUCAGCAAGUCUGCAACAAUGUGAAUUAGCAUUUGGGCCAGCCCAUAUAGGCCUAGAUAUAUAUAUUUGGGCCGGUCAAGUCCGUUCCUUCUCAUCAUAUGGGCCCAAUAUGAUUAAGGUGAUCCAAAUAAAAUAUUUGAUUUGUAUGAAAAAUGACAAUUGAUUAUUGCUUACUCUCAAUUAUUUAUAUUCCGGCUUUGAGUGUCCAUCCGGUUUGAAUUUUUUAGUCCAAUUAGAUGAACUUUGGUCAUCAAUUAAUUGGGGUAUAAAAU